AUGACAUCGACAUCGGUAACAUUUCCUGGCGUGAAUAAUGGGUUCCAGGUCGGGAUUAAUAACGGUCCGAUUCAUCUUCCCCCGGAGCGACUAGAACCCCGCCCAGAGCCUCUAUCGACCGUGCCAUUCCCGCGCGACCCAGACUUUGUCAGUCGCGAUGCAAUCGGCCAGAUUCAUGAAAAAGCUUCGAUCCCAGGUUCCAGAAUAGCGCUCGUCGGCCUCGGCGGCGUCAGGAAAUCACAACUUGCCAUCGAAUAUGCCCACCAGGUCCGACGGCAGUCAGCAGAGACGUGGGUCUUCUGGAUCCAUGCCAGCAACACGGCCCGCUGUGAGAAAAGCCUCCGCGACCUUGCAGAUCGAGUAAAGAUUUCUGGGCGGCAGGAUCGCACCGCUAAUAUAUUCCAACUCAUCGGGAAUUGGCUACAGGACGAAAAGAUCGGAAAUUGGAUUCUCGUCCUCGAUAAUGUCGACGAUGACGGGUUCCUACGUAAACCUUCGGCGACCACUCAGGAGGGCCAGGCAAAUAGCCAGACUAAUGCCUCGACGCAGCCACCGCCAAGGUACCUCCUCAAAAGCUCAAAUGGCUACAUCAUUAUCACAAGCCGGAAUAGAAGAGUAGCGCUAGACAUCGCCGAUCAGAAGAACAUCAUUGCUGUGCAACGAAUGAAGAAGGCCGAAGCACUGGAUCUACUGCAGCAGAAGCUACACACACCUACGGAGCUUGAGGAUAUGGAGCAGCUAGUCGAGGCGCUCGAAUUUAUGCCACUCGCGAUCGUACAGGCUGCUAGCUAUAUCACACAUCGAUCACCCCGUUGCUCUGUGUCGCAAUACCUAGAAAAAAUCCGGAAUAGUGAUCGCGAAGCAGUAAGGCUGCUCGAUCGGGAAGCAGGUCUUCUUUACCGAGACUGGGAGGCCAAGAACUCCAUUCUGCUCACGUGGCAAAUAUCCUUUGACCACAUUCAAGGCGUAAGACCAUCUGCAGCGGGCCUGCUCUCUCUUAUGAGCUUUUUCGACCGGCAGGGAAUCCAGGAGAGUGUCCUCCAAGUUCCGAAAAUUCAGGAAAUGAAUAGGAAUUUGUGUCUGGAGAAGGAUGAAGACAGUUCUGGCGGAGAGGAUGGAGACAAUGCGUCUGGCUCUGACACAGAUCAGUGUUUUGAAGAUGAUAUUACAACACUUAGCGACUAUUCAUUGAUUUCGGUCGGAGAACGCAGCGCAGUGCUCACAAUGCAUCGACUAGUGCAAUUAACUGUGCGUACAUGGUUAAAAACUCAUGGCCAGCUCGAGCUAUGGAAGGAACGAUUUAUUAGCAAUCUAUGCCAGAAGUUUCCGACCGGUGAAUUUGAAAAUUGGGAACAGUGUCGGUCGCUCUUUCCACAUCUGAAAUCUGCUAUGUUGCAGCGGCCAGACUCGCAAGAGUCUCUUCUACAAUGGGCUACGCUACUUUUCAAAGGUGCAUGGUAUGCGCAGGAAAGCGGCAAUAUUACAGACGCGAGGGAGAUGGCAUCGAAAUCGAGGAAGCAGAGAGUGAGAUUGUUGGGUGUAACCGAUGGAGAAGCCCUUGAUAGCACUGCAAUGUUGGCGACAGCAUAUCGGCUAGGAGGGCUAUGGGAGGAGGCAGAGAAGCUCGAGGUGCAGGUGAUGGAGACUCGCAAGAUGAAGCUUGGCCAGGACCAUCCUGACACGCUAACGAGUAUCGCCAACCUAGCGUCGACGUAUAGCAGCAGGGCCGAGACUCGAAAGACGAGGCUCGGCGAGGACGACCACCCCGACACGCUGUCGAGCAUAGCCAACCUGGCGGCGACGUUCUGGAACCAGGCCCGGUGGGAGGAGGCCGAGCAGCUCUUUGUGCAGGUAGUGGAGACUCACAAGACGAAGCUCGGCGAGGACCAUCCUGACACGCUGUCGAGUAUGGCCAACCUGGCGUCGACGUUUUCACACCAGGGCCGGUGGGAGGAGGCCGAGCGGCUCGAGGUGCAAGUGAUGGAGACGAGCAAGAGGAAACUCGGCGAGGACCAUCCUGACACGCUGUCGAGUAUAGCCAACCUAGCGGCGACAUAUAGGGAGCAGGGCCAGUGGGAGAAGGCCAAGAAGCUCAGGGUGCAGGCCGUAGAUGCUCGCAAGAGGAAGCUCGGCGAGGACCAUCCUGACACGCUGUCGAGUAUGGCCAAUCUUGCCUUCCCCUGGAAAUCCUUAGGUCGAAAUGCUGAUGCUGGUGAGCUCUUACGAGAGUGCUUAGCGAAGCAGAAACAGACCUUAGGGGCCUAA